CUAAAAUGUGUGUCAAGAAAAAUAAUAUAUAUAUUUUUUUAUCAUCAUAUGGUAUAACAAAAGAAAACUCUCAAGCAAAUGUGCUUAUGCAAGUGUGACCAUAAAAGAGAUGGCAACUCUGAGCACCCCACUCAUCUCUCUGCCACGUCACCCAAACCCUUCGUCCCCCACAACGGUCAAUAACGACCUUCGCUCCUCAAUUAUACCACAAAUUGAGCAAUGCACCAACAUAGCUCAGCUGAAGCAAGUCCAUGCCCAGAUGCUCCGUACAGGCCUAUUCUUUGACCCCUACUCGACCAGCAAGCUCAUCAGCGCCUGCUCUCUCUCCUCGUUCUCGAGCAUCGACUAUGCUCGCCAAGUGUUCGAUCAAAUUCCCCACCCAAAUCUCUACACUUGGAACACCCUCAUUCGGGCUUACGCAUCGAGCGCAGACCCGGUUGAGAGCAUUUUCGUAUUUCUGGACAUGCUUUAUGGGUGUUCGGAGUGUCCUAGUAAGUAUACUUACCCUUUUGUGAUUAAGGCGGCUUCGGAGCUACGAGCUUUGCUUACCGGAAGAGCUGUUCAUGGAAUGGCGAUAAAGUCAUCGCUUGGUUUGGAUAUUUACAUUCUUAAUUCGCUUGUGCAUUUUUAUGGAACUUGCGGGGAUUUGGAUUUGGCGCGUAGGGUUUUUGUGAAGACUCCAAAGAAAGAUGUUGUGUCUUGGAAUUCUGUCAUCACGGUUUUUGCGCAGGGGAAUUGUCCUGAGGAGGCGUUGGAGUUGUUUAAGGAAAUGGAGGAAGAGAAUGUGGAGCCCAAUGAUGUGACAAUGGUUGGCGUGUUGUCGGCUUGUGGGCAGAAGGUGGAUUUGGAGUUUGGGAGGUGGGUUUGUUUGUAUAUUGCAAGGAAUGGAAUUACUGAGAACUUGACUUUGAAUAAUGCUGUGCUUGAUAUGUAUGUGAAAUGUGGGAGCGUUGAAGAGGCAAAAAUAUUGUUUGAUAGGAUGCCGGAGAAGGAUAUUGUCUCAUGGACUACUAUGCUUGAUGGGUAUGCUCAGUCGGGGAAUUAUGAUAAGGCUUGGCGGAUUUUUGAUGCGAUGCCUAGUCAAGAUAUUGCUGCGUGGAAUGUACUCAUCUCUUCUUAUGAACAAAGUGAUAAGCCGAAGGAGGCUUUGGCUGUUUUCAAUGAGUUGCAGAAAAGCAAGAGUCCGAUACCUGAUGGAGUCACUCUAGUUAAUACUCUAGCAGCCUGUUCUCAACUGGGAGCGAUUGAUCUUGGUGGGCGGAUACAUGUUUACAUGAAGAAGCAGGGAAUUAAGAUGAAUUGUCACCUCACAACAUCACUUAUUGACAUGUAUGCAAUGUGUGGAGAUCUAGAUAAGGCACUUGAGGUAUUUAAUUCGGUUGAGAGGAGAGAUGUGUUCGUUUGGAGUGCCAUGAUUUCUGGUUUUGCGAUGCAUGGGCAAGGGAGGGAUGCACUGGAUAUUUUCUCAAAAAUGCUAGAAGCUAAGGUGAACCCAAAUGCUGUGACAUUUACCAACCUCUUAUGCGCUUGUAGCCACGCAGGUUUGGUGGACGAGGGUAGAAUGUUUUUCUAUCAAAUGGAGCCAGCUUACGGUGUUGUGCCUGGAGUAAAGCACUAUGCCUGCAUGGUCGAUAUUCUUGGUCGUUCAGGCAAUCUGGAGGAAGCUGUAGAACUGAUAGAGAAAAUGAAAAUACCUCCUACUGCUUCUGUAUGCGGUGCUCUUCUUGGGGCCUGUGGACGUAAUGGGAGUUUUGAGCUUGCUGAAAAGGCUUGUAGCCAUAUGCUUGAGCUGGAUCCCAGAAACCAUGGACAUUAUGUUCUCUUAUCAAAUAUAUAUGCUAAAACAGGGAAAUGGGAAGAAGUGUCCGGGUUAAGGAAGCUUGUGCAAGAUUUGGGAAUAAAGAAAGAACGAGGCUGUAGCUCAAUCGAAGCCAACGGUAGUGUUCAUGAAUUUCUUGUUGGUGAUAACUUUCACCCUAUGUGCAAAGAAAUCUAUUCAAAGUUGGAUGAGAUAGCAGGGAGAUUGAAGUUGGUGGGGUAUGUGCCAAACAAAUCACAUCUACUACAUUUUUUGGAGGAAGAAGACAUGAAGGAUCAUGCCCUAAUCCUUCACAGUGAGAAAUUAGCAAUCGCCUUUGGGCUUAUUAGCUUGAGUCCUUCUCAACCAAUUCAGGUUGUGAAGAAUCUUUGUGUUUGUGGAGACUGCCACACAGUUGCUAAGCUCAUAUCGAAGCUUUAUGGUAGGGUGAUAUUGCUGAGAGAUCGAUAUCGUUUUCAUCAUUUCAAAGAUGGGCACUGCUCAUGUAAUGACUACUGGUGAAAAUGUAAGGUUUUUGCUAAACGCUAAACCCCAUAACCCCACAAAACGAUCUAAAUCGUUUAUUCUGUGGCUCUAUUAUUUGCAUAGACCUAGCAACAUAUUGUAAUUCGUAUAAUCACAGAGCCAUCAUAUAAGUAGAAGUGUCAUUUUGUUGACCAGACCCUCCGCUCUAUUGUACUUAAACAAUUUCCCCCUUGUUUGCUUAUUAACUUAUUAUUUUUCAA